AUGACCACGACCACCGGCUACGACCACGCCGACGCCUUCGACAGCGGCCACCUCGCCGUCGGCUCGAUCCACAAGAUCUUCUACCACCAAUACGGAAAGCCAGACGGCAAACCCGUCAUCUUCCUCCACGGCGGCCCCGGCGCAGGAACCACCAAAGAAAACACCAAAUUCUUCAACCCAGCCCACUACCGCGUCGUCCUCCUCGACCAGCGCGGCGCCGGGAAAUCCACUCCCGUAGCGGAAAUCCGCGAGAACACGACGCAGCUCCUCGUGCAGGACAUCGAGACGCUGAGACAGCACCUCGGGAUCGAGAAGUGGUUCCUCGUCUUCGGCGGCAGCUGGGGGAGUACGCUCAGCCUGGCGUACGCCGAGACACACCCCCAACGAGUGAGCAGCCUCAUCCUGCGCGGGAUCUUCACCGUGCGAGACCUCGAGCUCGGCUACGGCUUCACGCCCCUCGGCUCGGCGAUGCUCUUCCCAGAAAACUACGAGCGCCUCAUCAACUACCUCCCUCCCCAAGACCGCGCAGACCCCGCCCCAGCAUACGCAAAGCUCCUCUGCUCGGAUGACCCGGCGGUCAGGAUCCCCGCGGCGAAGGUCUGGAAUUUGUACGAGAUGAGCGUGAGCAGUGUGGAUCCGGAUUUUAAGGAGAUCGAGGCGAAGGUCGAGGAUGAGGAGUGGAGUUUGCAGCAUGGACGGUUGGAGGCGCAUUAUUUUAUUAAUAAGGGGUUCUUGGGGGAGGGGCAGUUGUUGAGGGAGGAGGAGGUGGGGAAGAUUAGACAUAUUCCUUGCACGAUCAUCCAAGGCCGACUGGACUUCGUCUGUCCGCCGAAGACGGCUUGGGAUUUGCACAAGAUGUUGCCGGAUUCUAAGUUGUUCAUGAUACCCAAGGCUGGGCAUAGUGCGAAGGAGCUGGGGAUUUUCGAGAAGCUGGUUGAGACUUGCGAUGAGUAUGCUUCGAAGGACUUUUAG